CAUUAUCAACACUUCUCACUACCCAAACCCAAACGUAGCAUGCUUCCCUCCUACCAACAGUAAUGGUCCAUUUGUCCGUCUUUUUGAAUCUCGACCUCUCCAAUUUACGGCAACAAUGAACCUCCGGGCAUCUAUAAUCAACCAGACCGACGUAGCUUUGGGGAUCACGAAGCAGUUGCUGCUUGGCGAAGGCAAGGAUUUGAACCUGGUGUUCUCCCCGUUGUCGAUCCAUGUUGUGCUGAGCAUGAUCGCGGAAGGGUCCAAGGGCCCCACUCUCGACCAGCUGCUCUCCUUCCUCAAGUUCGACAAUGGGGUUCGGCUCAACUCAUUCGUUUCGGAGCUCGUAGCUGUUGUCUUGGCCGAUGGCAGUCACAAUGAUGGGCCUGGGCCAAGCUUAUCCUUCGCCAACGGGGUUUGGCUCGACAGGUCCCUGUCUCUAAAGCCUUCUUUCAAACAGAUUAUGGACAAUGCUUAUAAGGCCGCUCUGCAUCAGGCUGAUUUCCUUACCAGGGCUGCUGAAGUGACAAAUGAAGUGAAUUCAUGGGCUGAAAAUAAGACUAAUGGCCUUAUCAAGGAGGUUCUUCCCCCUGGGUCAAUUGACAGGACAACCAAGCUCAUCUUUGUUAAUGCAUUCUACUUCAAAGCAGUUUGGGAUGAGAAGUUUAAUGCAUCAGCAACCAAAGAAAAUGAUUUCCAUCUUCUUAAUGGGAGGUCAGUUCAAGUGCCCUUCAUGACUAGCAAGAAAAAACAACUUCUUGUUGCCUUUGAUGGUUUCAAAGUCCUUGGACUUCCCUAUAGGCAUGAUGAUGAUAAACGCAAAUUUUCCAUGUACUUCUUUCUUCCAGAUACAAAAAAUGGGUUGCCAAAUCUUAUAGAGAAGGAGGUUUCUGAAUCUAGUUUCUUGGAUCAUCACCUUCCAGAUAAAAAAAUGAAAGUGGGUGAAUUCAGGAUCCCAAAAUUUAAGAUAUCUUUUGGGUUCGAAGCUUCCAAUGUUCUGAAGGGAUUAGGACUAGUUUUGCCUUUCUGUGAGGAUGCUGAUUUGACAGAAAUUGUAGGGGAUAAGAAAUUAUUUGUUUCAGGAAUAUUACACAAAUCCUUCAUUGAAGUUAAUGAAGAAGGCACAGAAGCUGCAGCUGUUUCCACCACAGUUAUGGUUGGAUGCAGUCGUUCCUCCAUCAAAGAUGAGAUAGACUUUGUGGCUGAUCACCCCUUUUUAUUCCUGAUCAGAGAUGAUAUGACUGGAGCUGUGUUGUUUAUUGGGCAGGUACUCAAUCCUCUGGCUGGUUGAAUGACUAAAUCCCUAUAUCAACUGAUGAUCGACUGGCCAUAUAUAACCAUAUGCUCCAACAAAAUUAGUUAAUAUUACAACUGAAACUCAUUUAUAUUGUGAUGAGAUUAUGAAUGUUUGGGGAAUAAGAUGAGAUGAAAAUUCUGUGAAUAGAAGUGAAAUGGUUUGCAAAUAGUAGUAAAAUAGUUUGAGUUAA